AACGGAUCCUACUUAAGUGGAAUAGCGUAUCUGCAGCUUAUACGCCUCCUUUGAACUUAUCCUAUCCUAUCUAUAGUUGUCGUGUCCAGGCAGUAAACUCCUACUAACUAGAUUCGCAUAUUUUUGCGACAAACUUUUGCGCUUCCACUGGUUAGUGCUUAUGUUGCUGUUAACAUUUUACAAGGUACUCUGGCCCUAUAAUGCCUCACCACACUGCGUUCAGUAGUUUUUCCGAGCAUAUAUGUGUGAUUUAUUUGCCUCGCCGGCGCUUCACUUUUGUCAAUCACAGCCAUGGCUCGCCACGUUGGGAGAAGUAAGGGCUGCAAAAUAUGCAUCCAACGAAAGGUUAAGUGCGAUGAGACGCUCCCCGAAUGCUCGCAAUGCCGUCGGCAUCAAAGAAAGUGUCCUGGCCCCACCAUCGGGGCUGUCUUCAUUGACAUGGAUUGGAAGAAGCGUCGGGCUGUGACUACAGAAGAGAGCGUUCCUGCUGCCUUGCAACUUUCCGCCUCCAGCAAACUUAAAAACUCAAUCACUGCGCGUCCUAGAGAGAACAGGUCUACCCAAACUGCGACAUAUUAUUCAAGGGAAGUGAAUGCAUACAAGCUGCCGUCCCAACCACCUAGCCUAGCAAGUGUGAACUUAGUCCAAAUAGUCUCUACAUAUGUUCAUAAUGGCCCACACAGAACUAUGGGAUUUUCUGUGCCGAAAGGCUCGUCUGUCAACUGGGUUCGCUAUCUUCCCGAUCUUUCCAACCGAGAGCCCAUUCUCGAUUCGGCGCUUGCAGCUGUGUGUCUUGCGCACAUUGGGAAAACUCAAAAGGACGAGCAUGUCCUCCGCAUGGCUCGACUCUCUUAUGGAUUUGCGUUAAAGCAUUUCCAGGCAGCUCUGAUACUGGGACGGCGAGAUGCCAAUAUCUUGUCUGCCAUAAAUUGCCUAUCCGUGUAUGAGCUUUACGACUCUACACUCAGCAACGCCAUUGGCUAUAUCAAGCAUAUACAGGGCGGACAACUUGUCGCGCUAGAUCUGAAUCUUAGUGAUCAAUCUCCAUUGUCUGAUACCAACAGUUUUCACAUUUUUAGGACCAUGAUGCUCUAUAACUCAUUUGCUUCCCGGAAAGCAUGCAGCCUAGCUCACUAUCGCCGCCCCUCCUCACAAAAGUUCGGCAAAGGAUUUUCUGAAUUGGAAGAUCUUGAAGAUACCACAGUCCACAUACCAGGCCUGGCCGAGCAGUCUGAUAUUCUGUUACAUUCGCCAUAUACUAUUGAAUCAAUGCACUUGUUUUCAAAUAUCUUCAGCCGAUGGAGAAACUUGACCUACCAGCUUAACAACUGGUACUUUCGACUCUACCAAAGGCACGAAGCUCCGUUCGACUAUGACAAGGUAGAGCCAGGGCCCCAGGACCCAUACCCUGGAAUUAAUUUUGGGUCACGAUUCACGUUUACAUCGUAUUGGAUCGCCGAAUCAUUGAUGCACUACUGGGCUAGUCGAGUGCUAUUAUAUGAUGUCCUAGCGCAGGCUAUAACGUGGUCAAUCCAGCAAGGUUUAAUGCAUGCACCAAAUAGCCUCACACUAGGGCCACUGCCGAUGCUUACAUCUCCAAGUGAGCAAAUAUAUCAAGACGCAUCGAUAGAACUUGCAUUCCCACAUGAUAUCUCUCUCUGUGCUGCCUUGGUACAACAAUGCCAGGAUAAAGCGGCACGUACCGCGUUAAAAGGUGUGCAGUAUAUUUCAGUUGAGAAAUUAGGGAUACUGGCCUCUUUGCGAACUUUUAUCCCGUUAUAUAUUGCAAUUCAACAUUUUGAGAAAAGGAAGUUGAUGGAGGAGUUGAAUCUGUGCUGGGCUAUGGCGAGGAAGUUAAACAAAAGCGAAUUGGCCAUAUGGAAGUUGCUCGAUCUAAAUUCGAACGGGUGGAGGGGUAUAAUUGAGAGUGGUAGUGGCUAUAUGAAUUGCAGUUGAGAUUCGCUUUGUCUCCGAACCGCAGCUGGAGCCAGUAUGUACUAUGUCUCAAUUAGGUCUUGUCCCUCGUUCCACACCUCGUAUAUCGGGGUUGUUCGCUCUUGCUGCGCCGUCGACGAAUCCUUCGUCAAAGCCAGCGACGUCGGCCGGCUUCCCAUAUCUUGGUAGUUUGAAGCAGUUGUUCUCGAGCGUGCGGGGAGCGGCACCUGUUGAGCCGAACUAUGUCGCCGGUUUCCUUGCUUAUUGCGCAAACGAGC